AUGGCGUCAGUAACAAGUUUCGUGAGUCGGCCUCGCCCGUCGAGCCCUGUCACCUCCACUCGUCGUCAUUCCCAUCGCAUCUUCAACACAGCCGGUCAGAAUCAUCCAGGGAGCUUCCAGCCUCUUCCCCGACCGCAAUGUUCCCUCCAACAGCGGCAGCCGCCGUUAGGUGUUCCCCCGCGACAGUCGUCGCCAUGCCAGCCGUCAUCGCCGUGCCGACCAAGCCCUUCUUUCCAUAGCAACGGCGCUGCCAGCAGUACUUUCCGGAGAGCAUUCCCAGGAAACGGAGGGCGAGAAGCCUCAGCAACCAUCGAAAGGGAGCUUGCCGAGGAGGACGCGGCUACGGAAGGUCUUGCGCUUCUCGCACCUCCUUCCUUGCCUGCCUCGCUGCUGCUACCAACGGACUGCCUCUCUGUUGAGACUUUGGGGGAAGAUUCUCACCUGCUGGAAAAACUGGGGAUCACGCUGACUGGUGGUAUGAGGAAACAUGCACCUGCUGCGCUGACUGCUGCUGGUGCUGCUGGUGCUGUUGAUGCUGCUGGGGUUGCCAUUGGGAAUGACACGGGGAUUCAGAAGAACGAGAUGCUGAACAAGAUCCGGCUUUUGGCGCGAAAGGCUGGGCAGCUGCGAGUGAAGGAGGAGACGCGUGAAGAGAAAAAUCUGCGGAUAAAGGAGCAGAAAGUAUCAAUGGCGGAAGGAGAGAGAGGAACGGUUAAUGGAAAGGCGCAGGUUGAGGUGGAAAAUCGAUUGGUGGAACACGAGGAGCAAGAGAGAGGAGGAUCUGACGGCGAUCCUCAGCACGGCUUCAAGAUCAUCAAGGAGGAGCUUAAGUUCUCUCGCUUCCUCAAGAUCUACAGCCGCGUCGUGGAGCACCCGCCUCUGCCUCUCGCGCAGCAAGAGCCACAGCAUGCCGCUGGAACUCCUGCAGCUGGUGCAGCUCGUGCAGCUAACGGAGCUGCUUACGGGGCGUCUGGUGCGAGGGGCCCGAUCGUGGCCGCCUGUGCAGCAGGACCCAGCCUGCAGAGCACCUCUUUUCAGCAGCACCAGGGUCAGCAGGGGCAGCAGUGGCAGCAGGAGCACGGAGGGCGGCAGGGGCGCGGGCAGAAGGUGGUGGAGUAUGACAUUGUGUCGUCCGCCAGCAGCCACUUUAUCUGCGUGCUGCCCUUCCACUCCGCCACCCAGUCCGUCACUCUCCUCAAGGAGUACGCUCAGGGCGCCAACAGUCUGCUGUACACGGUGCCGUGUGGGGGCCUCAGCAGCUCUCAUGCAUCGCUGGAGGAUUGCGUCAGAAGCGAGCUGUCUGAGGAGGCGCGUCUGCGUGGCGGCCAGCUUGUAAGACUCAUCCCUGAGGACCACCCGGGCCUUCUGGAGGUGAAGUGGUGCAAGAACCGCUUCACACCGUUCCUCGUCAUCGACCCGCUGCCCGACCCCACCCCGCUACCACGCGACCCGGAGGAGUUCAUUCAGGUGCUGCACCUGCCCGCCCAGGAGCUUGACAGGCUGGCGCUGGGCGGCGACAUGCUGCUGCCGUCUGUUGUCACAUGCACCAUGGCUCUGCAGUACCUGCGGGAACACAAGUUGCUGUGA